GCUCUCAAGCUCUACCACCUGAUCACAAGCCAGAAGCCCAGAAAAAUGUAUUUUUCUCCCCGCUGAGCAUCUCAGCAGCCAUUGCCAUGCUCUCGCUGGGGGCUGGCUCAUUUACCUGCACCCAGAUGCUCCAGGCGCUGGCCUUCAACCUCACUGAGCUGUCUGAGGCUGACACCCACCAGGGCUUCCAGGACCUCCUGCGCACGCUGAACCUCCCCAGCAACAGCUCAUGCACCAACAUGGGCAGUGCCUUGUUCCUGAGUGAUGGACUCCAGCCCCAGCAGAAAUUCCUUGCAGACACCAAGGAGUUUUAUGAGUCCAGAAUCUUCCAGGUCAACUUCAGGAACACAGAUGACACAACAAAGCUGAUCAAUGACCACGUCAGUAAUGAAACUCAAGGCAAAAUCACAAACUUGUUGUCUGGGCUCAGUGAAAAUACAUUGAUGGUGUUGAUUAAUUAUAUCUACUUCCAAGGAAACUCUCCAAAGACAAUGAAUCCCAUACUGGUCCUGGGCCUCCUGCUGGCCAGUCUCCUGACUGGGAAAGGUUUGGUGCAGGCUGGCUUCUCUCCAAAGUUUCUGAAUACUGGGAGAUGGGCAAAGAAAGGACAAGAGUCUGCCCAGGACUUGAACCGACGUAACACAGACUUCAGCUUCAAGCUCUUUAAGAAGUUGUCCUCCCGCAACCCCUCCACCAAUAUCUUCAUUUCCCCAAUAAGCAUCUCCACGGCCUUUGCCAUGCUGUCUCUAGGGGCAGAGGACUCAACACUGGCUGAGAUUAAGGAGGGCUUUAACUUUCAGGGUCUGCCUGAUCAGACCCUACAUGAGAACUUCAAAGAUCUUAUCCAAGGGCUCAAACAGGCCCACCAGGACCACAUCCUGGAGCUCGAGAAUGCCUUGUUUAUAGAUGAGAAGUUGCAGCCCCAGAAGAAAUUUCUGACCAAUGCCAAGAAACUAUAUGGUGCUGAAACCAUCACCACCAACUUCCAGAAUCUGGAAGGUGCCCGCAGAAAAAUCAAUGACUUCAUCAGUCAGAAAACACGGGGCAACAUCAAAGAUCUGAUCCGUCAUAUAGCACCUGGAACCGUGAUGAUCCUCACCAACUGCCUUUUCUUUCAAGGCAGGUGGCAGCAGGAAUUCAACCCCAAAGCCACAAAGGAGGAGGAUUUCCUUCUGGAUGGGGACCGGCCAGUGAAGGUGUCCAUGAUGCACCAUACGGGCAUGUAUGAGGUGGGCCGGGAUGACCAGCUGUCCUGCUCCAUCCUGAACAUGCCCUUCCAGGGCGACAUUUCAGCUUUCUUCAUCCUGCCUGACAAGGGCAAGAUGCAGCAGGUAGAGGAGGCCUUGAAUGCCGACACCUUUGGUCGAUGGAGAAACUUGAUGAGCCGCAGGGUCACAAAAGUGUCUAUGCCUCGGUUCUCCAUUUCGGGCACCUACAACCUGAAAAAGACACUCUCCUAUAUGGGAAUCCACAGAGUCUUCGAGGAACACGGGGACUUCACCAGGAUUUCCCCUCAUCAAAACCUAAAGAUUGGUGAGGCUGUGCACCAGGCAAAGCUGAAGAUGGAUGAGCAAGGUGCUGAGGCGGCUGCAGGCUCGGGUGCACAGACUCUGCCCAUGGAGAAGCCUAUAUCCAUGACUAUGAAUAAGCCAUUUCUGAUGAUGAUCAACACCAUCAAGAGGAACACAACCUCCAUCUACUUCCUGGGGAAGCUGUCUGACCCCUCUGAGAAAUAAGGAAUAAUGGCCCACUCCACUGCAGGGCUGCAACCUUCCAUCUCCUGGGAUGGGGAGCACUGGGCUUUCC